CCGGCCCACCAAAAAGGCAUAACAGGAAAUGCUUGCCUCUGCUUAAAAAGGGGAGAGGACAUAAAAGGAGCAACUUAGUGUUAUGGAAAUGGGUCAUAAGUAAGGAAACUAUUCACAAAAGUCUGAAUUUACCACAGCCGAGAUUAAAUAGACAGAAGGAAACAAAUCUCUUCCUAAAGUAUAUUCACUCACUGAAUUGACAGACUGAGCGUCAACUGUCAUUCGCCAAGUCACUAGUACAGCACAGGCAGAACAGAACAUUAACACAGACAUUUCUUAUAAUGGGGUCGAGAGCUUCAACGUUGCUGCGAGACGAAGAAAUUGAAGAGAUUAAAAAGGAAACCGGCUUUUCCCACAGUCAGAUAACACGACUGUACAGCCGAUUUACCAGCCUGGACAAAGGAGAAAAUGGGACACUAUGCCGUGAAGAUUUCCAAAGAAUACCAGAACUUGCUAUUAACCCUUUGGGAGACAGAAUAAUCAACACUUUCUUUCCAGAAGGAGAGGACCAGGUGAACUUCCGUGGGUUCAUGCGGACAUUGGCACAUUUCCGCCCUAUAGAUGACCAUGAGAAGAACAAAGACCCCAAUGUUUCUGAACCACUAAACAGCAGAAACAACAAGCUGCUUUUUGCUUUCCGUCUUUACGAUCUGGACAAGGAUGACAAGAUUUCACGGGAUGAGCUCUUGCAGGUCUUGCGCAUGAUGGUUGGUGUUAACAUCUCUGAUGAUCAGUUGGGCAGCAUUGCUGACAGGACCAUUCAGGAGGCAGAUCAGGAUGGCGACAGUUCCAUUUCCUUCACUGAGUUCAUAAAGGUUUUAGAAAAGGUGGAUGUAGAGCAGAAAAUGAGCAUCCGAUUCCUUCACUAAAAGAAGAUGUCUGCAUUUAGCUGAGGAGUUGCGUCACAUCAUCUUGUAAAUAACACAGGCUUUGCAUCUGGUGUGUGUAUCAUACACGUUAACAGUCCCCAAGAAAAGAAUAAAUGCAAUUUCUUUUUUUUUUCUUUUUUUUUUUUUUUAAUGUAAGUGGACUUUCAACCUUGCGCUGCUCCAUGUGUAACAAAGGAAGGUUGUGUGCCUUGGAACGUAAACAGUGUCCACCAAAGUUUGUUUAAGGUUUCAAAUCGUUCUUCUGCUGUACUUGGGGGUGGGGGGGGGGGGAGGGGGAGACUUGUUUGUGUGAGGAAAGGUUCCUAUUAAGCACUUCUUGCUAGCCCUAAAAAAUAUUGGAAGCAAUUGUAUGGGUGCCCUCCUUACCCAUCAGCUUGUCCUCUUUUUGAGGUUUUGACAGUUUUCUUAUAGCAGUGCUUUUUGUAUUGUUUAAUUUUCCAUAAUUUGGAAGUUUAAAUCUUAAAACUGUCCCAUGGGGUUCCAACUGCUUGAACAGUACAUUAUAUGAAAAAAAAAAAAAAACCACCAAGCAAACUGUCUCCUAAGCUCAUGUGCUACUAACAGUAGGUCUGUGUCAUAGUGGCCAGGUUUCCACCCUGCAAAUAAGAAAUAACCUCUCUGACCAUGUAGCUCAUUUCUUUAUUUCCUUGUUAUUCAGCUGUAUUCUGUAUCAAGAUUGAAAUACAUUUAAUUGUACAUAGCCUGUGAAUAUUGGUCCACUAACAAUCUUUAGAGUAAAAUUAUGUUUUAUAGUCUUUUACUAUAGCUAUUGGUACGUUUAAAGGGACUUGUUGUUUUGUGUUGUUAAAGUAUUGAAAUUAAUAACUAAAGACUGGGAGCUAAUGUGUAUGUACACUGUUCAAACCCAGAGUGCAAUUCUGAUCAGAUCAGAGAGUUUAAAGAGCUAGUCACAUUGGGAGCAUCAAAAAGCUAUACCUGACUCUACCUGUAUUGUAAAGCCGUCAUCAUAAAUUCCUAAUGUAUUGCUUAGGCCAAGAUUAAUGAGUAUGAAGAGACAGGAAACAACACUAUGCAUCUGCAAUGGUGAUUUAUUAAACUCACAGUCCUUUAAAAAGUAUUCUUUUGUUUUACCUUAUUUACUUUGUAGACUUUCAUUCCAUGGAACGUUUCAUAAAACUAUUCAAUGCAGUUGGGCAAUGUCCCUCCUUCCUGACUUGUAUUUGCCAUUGAUUCGAUCUGAAUACUUUAAACCCACCCCAACUACUGAGUGGCAGCAAAUUCUUACAUUUCUAUUGGAGACUCCUCUUGCAAGAUUUAAAAUGAGAUUAGAAGGUUUGUUUGCGGGAUUUAAAGCUAUAUUACAGUAAGAUAGAGAGGAUUUAAAACAAAAUUGCACAUUGUGGCAAAAUGUAAAAAAUACCUAGACACACAAAAACCCCAGAAGAUUGUUCCCGUGACCAUAAGGAUUUCAUUGAGGAAGACAGCAAAGGAAAGAAGGUACAACUUAAGUGCGCAAAUACUGUGGGGUUACUAUACCUAUUGUAAGAAAAAAAUGGCUAAGCAUUUUGGAAAGAAACUGAAAAUAAUAAUUUCAUACAGUAUAUAAAAAGCGAAAGCCCUGAAAAAAACAGAUUUUGGGGUAUCUCAAAAAUAGCUAAAAAUAAGCACCGAAAAAUAAAAUUAAUAAAAAACAGAAGCGCUAGAUGUAAUGUACAAUACCAGAAUGUAUUAUUAGGAUAACACGGCUUGAUAAACUACAUACACAUAAAUACAGGUUUUGUUUAACCACAUUACACAUAUUUGUUGUUGGUAUGGUAUAUUUUGCUGUUAGUCAUUACAUUUGGUAUCAUGUCCAUUUUGUGGAGCAAAGAAAUUAGAUUUAACAUUCCAAUUGCAUUGCAUUCCAGUUUUUACUGUGAGCCUUAAUUUUAUGUACAAAAUAUACAGUACAUGUUAUUUAUAAUAAUCAGAUGUGUUUUAUUAAGUUCACACUAAAAGCUUAAAUGGCUCACACGGAUAUGCAAUUAAACCUGGAAUUAUGCCCUGCUACCCAAUCGGUGUGCUCUGUGCUGUCAUUUGGUCUCUGACUUGUUUAUAGGUUCUGAGGAGAGGAAUAUCUCACAAAUACAAAUCCAUGGUCAUUGAGGAUGUUACACAAGAGACUGUACCAUGGAAAUCAUGAGGGAAAAUGUUGGCAAAUUGCAUAUCUUUGGCAAUAUGUAAUAAAAAUUGUUAUUUUGUUUGCAGUAUCAAAAAGGCUUGCCUAUAAUUUUGCUAAUAAAUAUCUAAACCUAGAAA